AUGACGUCGCCGUCCUCGCACCACCCGGACUCCUCCUCGGCGUCCUCCACCCCGCGCGCCGGGGUCGGCAACGGCAACGGCGGCAACCACCACCACCCGCCGCCUCUGCCCCCGGCGCCCGCGCCCACCCCGGCCGCUCCCCCCGCGCAGGCGGCGCACGGGGGCCCGCAGGUGCGCCUCAUGUGCAGCUUCGGCGGCCGCAUCCUGCCGCGCCCGGGGGACCGCCAGCUGCGCUACGUCGGCGGGGAGACCCGCAUCGUGUCCUUCCCGCGCGCCGCGGCCUCCUUCGCCGCCCUCGUCGCCGCGCUCGCCAAGGCCGCGCCCGCGCUCUUCGCGCCGGGGGCGCCCAGGCCGUCGCUCAAGUACCAGCUGCCCCAGGACGACCUCGACUCGCUCAUCUCCGUCACCUACGACGACGACGUCGACCACCUCAUGGACGAGCUCGACCGCAUCCACGACCUCUCCAUAAACGUCGCCAGGCCGCCCCGCCUCCGCGUCUUCCUCUUCGCGCCCGCGCCCGACGCCGCCUUCGGCUCCGUCCUUUCCGGCACCGCCGAGGCCGCCGCCUCCACCGACCAGUGGUUCGUCGACGCUCUCAACGCCCCCGCGCCGCACCCCAUCGAGCGCGGCCGAUCUGAGGCCUCCUCGAUCAUCUCCGAGGUCCCCGACUACCUCUUCGGCCUCGACACCGCGUCCGACGAGCUCAGCCCCGGCCGCGCGGCGGCCCGCGCCAAGUCCGACGCCGCGGAGACGGAGACUCCGCGCCACCACGGCGACGACGAAGACGACGUGCCGCCUUCCGCGCGCCAGAUGCCGUACGUCGCCGAGGGAGCGUCAUCGUGGCCCGCCCCGCCGCCGCCGUACAUGGCGCAGCCUGUGUACUACUUCCCCGUGCCGCCGCCGGUCCACUACCUCGACCCGUCUGCGCAGGGCGGCUACAUGCCUCGCCCGGUCUACCACAUUGUCGGUGGCGGAGGAAGCGAGGCGCCUGGCGGAGAUCUUCACGCGGCCGGCGGCGUCUACGGCGUCCCGCACCACAUGCACGCGUUCCCGCCGAUGAUGUACCCGCCGCCGCGCGCGGUCGUCUACAACUACAAGUCGGAGGGGAUGCCAUCGCUGCCUCCGCAAGGUGGGGCACACUCUUCCUAG